AUGGAGCCAGGAGAGAACCCGGACGAUUUUUUCAACAAGAAACACCGCCUCCGCUCUCAACUAGAGAAAAUGGGGGAAACCAUCUCCGAUCGCCGCUUCAAGGACAUCUGUGUGCAAGGAGAGCACCCGGACGAUUUUUUCAACAAGAAACACCGCCUCCGCUCUCAACUAGAGAAAAUGGGGGAAACCAUCUCCGAUCGCCGCUUCAAGGACAUCUGUGUGCAAGGUUUCUCCGAGGACUACAAGGAUAUCAAGAAUAUGGUUUUCCGCGACCCAUCAUUCGACGUACAACAGACGCUAGCCACCAUGGGCAACAUCUUCCUUGACGAGCAAAUGCGCAAGAGAACCAAGGGCCAAAUCGCUGGCCGCGGAUUCGCCAUAGCUACCAAGACAUUUGGCCCCAUCUGCUUCGAGUGCAACGAACCGGGACAUGUCAGGAGGAACUGUCCCAAUCGCCAGCGGAAGGGCCAUAUGGCAAAGAAGACGAAGCCUGCGGGAGCAACCAAGUGGUGCUCCGUCCAUAAUACCACUACACACUCCGACGAAGAGUGUUACAGCCAAGGAGCCACGCGACCAGAACGCACGGGCAAGGCUUUCUCCGCAUGCACACACUGCAUGCACUGCUCAAUCCACAAGGGAAGCGGACGCACUUUCACGACAACUGCAACUGGGACUUCCGCGCUGGUGGAUUCUGGAGCUUCUGAGACCAUGUUCGACAACCGCCUCAUCCCGAAUGGACGUCUCGAAGAAGAAUGCCCGACGCCCAAGAUCAUCGACGUUGUAGGAGAAAGCCAACUUCAAGGCACUACCACUGGGAUCCUACACUGCACCAUCAAAUACGACAAAGAANAGGACACCCCCGAACAACAAGAACCAGGGCGCAAGCACAAGUUCGGAAAACCAGAAGCGGACCGAAACCACGCAAGCUCAAGCAAGCUGCACGCCUACAACAUGCAAGUAGCAUCUGAAGGCUACCGCAUCGAGGUUCUACGUUGUGACAAAGGCGGAGAGAACACUGGGGAAGAAAUGCGCAACUACUGUAGGGAGUCUGCGAUCAAGCUGGAAUUCGCCGCGACCAACACGCCCCAAGAAAUCGGAGUGUCAGAAAGGGAUGGCCAGACACUUGCGGCUGUGACUCGAGCUCUACUGCGCGAUGGAGACUUCCCAAAACACAUGUGGGGGGAGCUCAUGAUGACUGCAGCAUACCUGACCAACAGGACCCCACACGCGGCGCUAGGGGGAGCCACGCCGUAUUCCAAGAUGUACAACACAACCCCGGACCUUUCUCGACAUCGUGCCAUCGGCGCCCGCGCGUUCGUUCAUCACGAGCGAUACAAGAAGAAGCUAGACGAUCGGGCCUUUGAAGGCAAGCUCUGCGGUUACGGACCUGACAGCAAGACGUACCGGAUCUACGUGGAGGGCAGAGACAGGGUCUACGAGAGCCGGAACGUGACUUUCAUCGAGACUCCAUCCAACACCAUCCUCCCUCACCGGUGGGACGACCGCCUCGGAAAUGAACAGGACGUGAUGAACUUCACGUCAUUGCUCGGACGCGGUACUUCUACGGGCGACGAAGUCAACAAAGUGGACUACGGAACACAUUCAGAGCUCCUACUGCACGAGAUGCGCAACAUGCAGCAAGACGACAUCAACCGAGCAGAACUUCGCCAAAACGACGCGGGCACGGAUUCCGACGACUACUUUGCUGCUGGGUGAGAUGACAGCAACGACAACUCGU